AUCCGUUGCAGUGUGAUGGACUCGAGUCAAAAUGUUAUUCGUAAUGAGACAGACAGUAAGCCGUCUGGCUCACAAGACGGUUGUGUUUAGAAAAAUUGUUAGUUGCGCAGGAGUCCACUCAACGGCCAAUCCAUACAGCAAUGGAAUCGCAUCCAACACUACUAAAAGUUAUGUUCCCGUUGCUGACUUCUAUAAUGGAAAAUCCGUGCUGAUCACCGGUGGAACUGGUUUUCUCGGCAUGGUUUUAAUAGAAAAAUUGCUAUACACAUGCACGGGAAUCGAAAAAGUUUUCCUUUUAGUACGAGAGUUGAAGGGGCUCUCGCCUGAUCAACGGAUGCAGCAAUUUCUGAAUAACCCGCUCUUUCAAAGACUAAAAAUGAAAAACCAAAAUUUGAACAAACUGAUCCCAGUUAAUGGAAACCUCAGUGCCAAUAACUUGGGCAUCAGCGAAGAAGAUGCAGAGACCUUGAUUGACGAGGUGUCCGUAGUUUUCCAUGCAGCAGCUACCGUCAGGUUCAAUGACAAAAUGAAUGUUCCUAUGAAAGUGAACUUUGGAGGUACCAUGAAAAUGCUGGAGUUGAGUAAAAAGAUGAAAAACUUAGAGAUGUUCGUUCACGUAUCUACAGCGUAUGCGCAUAUAUCGCACUUACAAGACGGAGUUAGGGAGGUCCUGUACCCCCCACCAGCAACUCUUGACGAGGUCGAGGACUUUAUUACCAAAUAUAAUGACGACGAGGAGAUGACAAACAAGUAUUUAAAUGGCAGAGUGAACACAUACACAUUCGCUAAAGCACUUGCAGAACAUCACGUAGUGAAGAACAAAGAGCACGUCCCAGUGAUCAUAGUCAGACCAGCUGCCGUGACUGCCACGAUAGACGCGCCUACACCAGGCUGGUCAAGUAACUGGCAAGGCGUCCCCAGAGCCUUAUACAAUGUAGCCAUGGGCUACAGUAGGGUCACCCCGGGACGGCAUAUAAACGUUAUUGACUUUAUCCCUGUGGAUUACGUGGUUAACCUCUGUAUCAUCGCGGCGGCUAAAUCUGGAAGUACAAACGACGUACCUGUAUUCAACUGCAGUUCAAGUUCAGUGAACCCGAUAACUUGGAGUAAGGCUUAUAAAUGGUUUACCGAAGAUGUCGUGAGGAGAGGCAAAAAUGAGUUCCCGUACCCUUUCACGCUGUUCGCGGAAUCAGAAUACCUAUUGUGGAUACUAACAGUAUUAACACAGUUCCUACCGGCUCACUUAUGGGACUUAUGGCUGAGAACCACUGGUAAAACUCCUAGAUAUGUAGAAAUACAGAAAAGGGUGAUGAGCCACAGGGAGUCGAUGGAGUUCUUCAUGAGGCAUAACGCUGUGAUGGAGAACAAUAAUGUGAUGAAGAUGAUAGCUUCCCUGUCAGAGAAGGACAGGCAGGUGUAUCCUUGCAAUCCAGCUGAGAUUAACUGGAGAAACUAUAUGCACGUCUACGCUCAGGGAUAUACAGAGGCGUAACCAAGGCACCCACUUUCGCCAAGAAUGUUCCGUCCCAUAAUGAGAUGGCGCAAGCUCAUCGACAUAUCGGGCACAAAUUCCGAGUUG